AUGUUCCAUCGUCAACCCCAGAAACAUGUUACAACCUCGUCCUCCUCGUCCUCCUCCUCAUCGGACACUCAAACAAAGAUGAUCCAUGAACCCAAUUACACUCUCCAAUUCUCAGAACCUGUUUGGAGUUCAUCUCCUGAAUUUCCAUCCACCUUACGAUCACAAUUGAAAACAAGUCCACCAAAAUGUUCCAUCACUGUGGAUCGAGAAGGAGCAGGAACACUCACACUCGCUUCCAAAAACGACUCACAAAAACAACACAAACAUUCCAUUACUGGCUUUAUAUAUGAUAGCGAGACCAUUCCGACAUUCAGGGCAUCGGUUAUUAUGAAUUUCAAAAAUGCAAAUCUCAUUCGUCAUCAUGGAGAUCUCUAUUUUGCAUUGUAUCCAAAUUAUAUUUCGGGUCCACAAACAACUCAACUCAAAAUUCCUGUCAGAGGACCAUUUGUGGAUGGAGAAAAGAAGAUGAAAGGCCUUAAUGCCACCAUUGACUACAUUGAUGAUCAUGAAAGAGACUAUGCUCCUUGGAGAAUUAAAGGAAUAUCGGUGGUAUUUGGAGAAUUAAUCGAUGAAAAUAACAAAACAAUCACUGUGAGCGUUUCCUUGCCAAAUCUUCCAAGAAAUCAACUGAAAGUAUUCAAGUGGAAUUUAUUAAUUUAUUUGAAUAAGCCAGACUCAGAUGGGGUGUGCCCAUAUGCCAUUUAUACAAGCUCUGAAACAUUUUCAUAUUCGAAGAGACAUUUCACAGAAAAUGAUGUGAAGGCAAAGAAGAAAAAAGGCACAAAAAGAAAACAACACGAUGAAAAUUAUGAAGAAUCAUCAGAUAUAGAAGACAAUGAAGAAUUCGAUGACAGUAAUGAAGAUGAAGACUCUGAUACUGAUGAUGAACGCUAUUUACCCAAUAAGCGUUCUAAAUCUUCUUCUUUGAGAUCUACUCGAAACGGUUCAAACUCAUUGCCUUCUCCUUCGAAAGAAAGUAGUUCACUUCAGAAAGCCAAAAGUACAGAAACUUCUGAUCUGGCUCCUUUAGAAACACAUCACAUGCGAGCGAAAGAGUUCUUGAAAGAAACUAUGAUUGAAAAUACCAUGAAAGAGUUUAAAAAGAUAAUGUCUGAAGGUAGCGACAAGAAAUGCAUGUCACAAGAAAAUUUCACAUUAUUACAGCUGAUGUUAAGAGAAAUGUUGAGGCAAGGAAAAGCGGUGAUAAAUCCUUUCAAAACUGAGUUUCAAAAUUUACUAAAAAUCCCAACAGAAGAAGCUUUAAGAAAGAUUGAACAAUUGAAAGGAUUAGAGGAUAUUAAUGACAAUAUGUUUUCUAUGAUUGUAAUUUUUCUACAUGAUUUAGCUUCCAAGAAUGAGUUAAGAAAGCAGGUCGAAAACACUGUGGAGUUUAUACUUAAAUAA